AUGGCGCACCCACUCGCUCCCACACUCGCAGGAGCCGCUUCAUCGAGCGAGCACUGCAAACAAGCAACUCACCUGUCCCAAAAGUCUGAUCGGCGAAGCACCACUCUACCGACCCAAAUUCAAGCUGCAAGCUGCGAUGCUGCCCACAGGUACACCUGGCGGAUCACUGCUGGAGCUACAUCUCAGCCUUGGAACAUCAAUGAAGGGGCCUCCAAAGACAUCGCCCGAGACAUCCCCGCACUGGGUAUAGGCUGA